GGAGAAUAGCCUGCUCCCACUAGGAAGGGGAAUAACUCUAAAAAAUGUCAACGGACACCAAUUAACGUAGAAAAUAUAUCAAAAUAAACAAAAUGACGACAAUUCGACAGUUUACUUGUGAUGAUUUAUUUAGAUUUAACAACGUGAACUUGGACCCAUUGACAGAAACUUAUGGCUUACCAUUUUACAUGCAAUAUAUGGCCCACUGGCCAGAAUAUUUCCAAGUGGCAGAGUCACCUUCAGGAGAAAUUAUGGGAUACAUAAUGGGUAAGGCAGAGGGAAAUGGUGAACAGUGGCAUGGUCAUGUGACUGCUUUAACAGUAGCGCCAGAGUAUAGACGUCUUGGCCUAGCAGCAAAGCUAAUGAGCAAUCUAGAGGCAAUCUCGGAGAAAAAGCGUUGCUUCUUCGUUGAUCUGUUUGUGCGUGUGUCUAACAAAGUAGCUGUAGACAUGUACAACAAGCUGGGUUACAGUGUAUACAGAAGGGUUAUAGAAUACUACUCUGGAGAAGUGGAUGAAGAUGCAUUUGAUAUGCGGAAAGCGCUGUCAAGGGAUGUUGAUCAAAAGUCGAUAAUACCUCUAACGCAUCCGGUUAGACCAGAGGAUCUUGAUUAAACAAGGGCCCUGUAUCCACAUAACACAUAGAAUAUAACAUACGUCAGUUUUUGCCAAAUGUUUAUCACUAAUACCAUGGAAUAUGGAAAAUUUAACGAGUAAUUCUAUAAUGCAUUAUAUUAUUGUUUCAAAGGAAAUAUUGUUAGUUAAGCAUUUAAUCUUUUUAUGGAUAUUCAGUGUUAUAUUUCCAUUUAAAACUAAGCGAAGAUUUUCAAAUUUCAAUGUAGUACUUUCAGUUGUAACAAAAUCUUAGUGUUUUGCGGAUACAGGGCCAUUUGUAGAUGUUUUUAAUGUUUUGACAUUUUGGUUUUAAUACCUGCUCAUUUUUUAAUUUAUUCCAUAUGAACUUCAAGAUCAUUUGUACAUUUUGAAUGUGUAAAUUAAGUCCAGCCAGAUGAGAUAAUUUUAAAAGUAUACAUGCAUGUUAUUUAAAAUAUUUUAGUUCUUUAAGUUUUUGUACAUCAUGCAAAAUGUUCUUUUUCGCUGUAAUAUCGCUCAUAUCAGCAUGUUACUUAUGACAUUUGUCAUUUAAGGUGAAAGAUAUACAAAUUGAAAUAGAAUAAAAUGUUAAAAAUAGUUUUCAAUGAAAUGUCUUUGUAAAAUUUUAAUAAAUUUAAAAAAUGA